AGCUGUCACUUUACGUGUAACGAAACUCCUCGAAGUUACGUCUUUGGCGAGCAAAGACGUUCCAAAAAUACUUUCUCCUCAAAAAUAGCCUUUAGUGAGGUUUUAAUUUAUACAAACUAUGUCCCUAAUUAGCAGAAAUAUUAUCCGAACCCUGGUGCAGGGGUCCCAGCUCGCGGGGAAGGGUCUCCACACCACGAGUGCGGUAAACGCCGACAAAAACGUAUGUUUUGCGCGACAUUCCAUCAGCUCCCUGGUGAGAACUAACUGUAGCAAAGAGGGUCGCAUUAAGUGCACCCUUAUUCCCGGAGAUGGCGUCGGCCCCGAGCUCGUCUACUCCGUACAGGAGGUGUUUAAGGCGGCCGGUAUCCCCGUGGACUUCGAAUCGUUCUUCUUCUCCGAGGUGAACCCGACGCUGAGCGCGCCGCUCGAGGACGUCGUCAACUCCAUCGCGCGCAAUAAGAUCUGCAUUAAGGGUAUCCUGGCUACCCCAGACUUCUCCCAUACCGGCGAGCUCCAAACCCUCAACAUGAAGUUGCGCAACGCUCUCGACCUGUACGCCAACGUCGUGCACGUCAAGUCGCUGCCAAACGUCAACUGCCGCCACAAGGACGUGGACUGCAUUAUCAUCAGAGAGCAAACUGAGGGCGAGUACUCGGCCUUGGAGCACGAAUCCGUCCCUGGAGUGGUCGAGUGCCUCAAAAUCAUCACCGCGGCCAAGUCCGACCGUAUCGCCAAGUUCGCGUUCGACUACGCGGUCAAAAUGGGCCGUAAGAAGGUGACAGCCGUCCACAAGGCCAACAUUAUGAAACUCGGCGACGGCACUUUCCUGAGGAGUUGCGACCAGAUGGCAAAACUCUACCCCCGCAUCGAGUUCGAAAAAAUGAUCGUCGACAACUGCACGAUGCAGAUGGUGUCCAACCCGAACCAGUUCGACGUGAUGGUGACGCCCAACUUGUACGGCAAUAUUGUGGAUAAUUUGGCCAGUGGAUUAGUUGGAGGAGCUGGUGUCGUUGCUGGCGCUAGCUACAGCCCGGAGUGCGCUGUGUUUGAACAGGGCGCUCGUCACAUAUUCUCCGGCGCCGUGGGCAAGAACAUCGCCAACCCGUGCGCCAUGCUGCUCUGCUCCGCCAACCUGCUGGCACACGUCAACCUCCACUCCUACUCCAAGAUGAUCAAGAACGCCAUCAACAAGGUCCUCGCAGACGGCAAGGUAAGGACGAAGGACCUCGGCGGGCAGUCCACCACAAAAGACUUCACCUACGCCAUCAUACACAGCCUCGACCAGCCGCAGUAAAUCCAUCUACGCUUCAUGUUUCCCAAUUAUUGUCAAAUACUUUCAACCUAACGGUGACAAAUGGAACCCCAUUUGUCACCGUUAGGUUAUGCCGGUCGAUCUGUUUUACACAUUUCGCGAGCAUAGGUUUACCUUGUCAGUUCUAGAAACAGGGGAAACCUAUGCUGGCGCCAUGCAGGUUUUUAUAACCUUUGACAGUUGCCAACCCCAUAGGUACUGAGAAGGGUAAUUCAUGAAAAAUAUUGUGACCGCGUGGCAACUGAAGUAGGUGGUGCUGGUGGUAUACGACGCUACCGUUUGGAAACCUAGUUGCUGCUAUUGCAACAUAUACAGGUCCGUACAGCACCAUCUACUCCGGCUGUCAAAAAUGUGGCUUCAGUAUUUUGCAAUACCUUACACCGCUUAAUAUUCUUUUGUCUGUAUUUAGUUGGAUAGACUUGAAAAUAUUGACCCGACUAAAUGACACAGGCAAUAAAAUUACUUAUUUUAACAUAAAUCUUUCGGAAAUCGCUGUCUUAUACGAUGCCGGAUAGUAUUUAAUAGUAUAUGGAAUACAACCAACCGUCUAGAAUUUGACAGUGGCAUUCGAAAGGUUGUGUACUGUACAGAAUUAAGCCAAUAAUAAGUACGUACGUAACAUUACUGAGCUGAAAAUCAGUAUAUGUGGUAUUUUCUAUACAAAGGGACCUUAUUGUCGAUGGCGCUUACGCCAUUAUUAAAGAUGCUCCGAUAUAAAUACAAUGCCUUGCGGCGUUGUGCGGCGUAAGCACCAUCGACAAUAAGGUCUCUUUGUAUAGAAAAUGCCCCAUAUCACAACAUCUUAUAAAACAAAGUCCCCCACCGCGUCUGUUUGUUUGUAUGUUCGCGAUAAACUCAAAAACUACUGAACGGAUUUUCAUACGGUUUCAUCUAUCAAUAGAGUGAUUCUUAAGGAAGGUUUGGGUGUAUAAUUUGUUAAGUUUUACCCGUGCAAAGCCGGGGCGGGUCGCUAGUGAAAAACCUUCGAAAUGUAUGUUGCUUGACUAGGCAUUAUGUCCAAUAUAUUUUGAAAUAAAUUAUUUGUCAAAAUCGACACAAAAUGACCAUUGACAAUAAUGACUUGAUUAUUUGACAAAGUUGGGAAACAAUAUUGACCAAAAAGUUUGGCCAAAAUAAAAUCUUUUUCACUUAAAAUUAGGUUCAAGUAGUACAAUUUCAUUCGAAUUUAGACGCAAUAAUUCUAAGGAUAAUUUAUUUAUAUUUAUUUAUGAUGUGAUCAGUCGAAUCUGACAGCCGAAUGUUCCCCAGUAUUCUCUAAGUAUUGAAAUCAGUUACCAUGUAAAUACUAGGUAAAUAAAACAAAAUAAAUAUUG